GAGACAGAGAGAGAGACAGAGACAGAGAGAGAGACAGAGAGAGAGAGAGAGACAGAGAGAGACAGAGACAGAGAGAGAUAGAGGAGUUUUACACCUCUGCACUGUUUCCUUUCUCAUCUGUUUUUCUGUUGACGGCAUCUUGAUCUGAUUUGUUCAGUCUGAUCUCCUCCUGUCUGUCUGUCUGUCUGUCCUCUUCCUGCUUCCUGUUGCUCAUUGUUACUGUCAUGGAUCUCAGGACUGUUUUGACCUUCUCAAGUCUUUUACUCCUGACUGCUGGAGCAGACCACAAAACACUUCAGCAAAACAGCACAAUGGCUCCCAUCGACACUGUGACUGACAGCACCAGCAAGAACUGUACCUGCCCCAGUGCUGCUCCAGUAGCCCCUGCUACCCCCGCCCCCACCCCCUGCCGCUCUGAACCUGAACUGGACCUCUUCACAAUCAAAUGGACCAAAUGUGACGGAUACAUUAACUUGAUCCUCCUUCAUCCCUCAAACUCCUCUUCGACUGUCUGUUACAGCGGUACAACAAGCUUCGAGAGCCUCUUGAGAGACGUGUGUGUGAACCGUAAAGGUUGCGAAGACACCAAGCCAGAUUUGGUCAAAGGGAAAAUCAUUCAGAAGAAUGGUUAUGACAUCACAGCGAGUGAAGAAAAGAAGGGGGCCACCUGUGAGGCACUGAAGGUCCGAUGCAAAGUUGAGAACCUCCCAGAUGUAGAGGGGCAGCUGCACGCCUACAAAGUGGUGACAGCUCUGCUCUGCUGCAUUCUGCUGAUCCUGUUACUCAUCCGCUUCACCAGACCCACCGUCAAAGCCCUGCAGAAGAGACUAUCAGACAGGAGGCAGAAUCGCUGGAUCGGACCUACGCAGAGUCACAGUGUGUCUUACCAUCGAGGAAAAAGUGCAGUUAAAAACAAUGACGGAGAGAAGAGAGUGUCCUACCCUGCUCUGGAGCGACUGGCAGUCAGUGACAGCAGAGAGCCUUCAUCCAAUAGGAACAGUGAUUACAACUUCUGACAAGCCUCUUCCUUCUGCAUCACUACCACCAGCACCGCCAUCAACAUCAUCGCCAUCAUCAUCAUCAUCAGGGCAAAACAUAC